AUGCUCGAGAGCUCAAUCUGCGAGGGAGGGCAGCUGAGGAUGUCGCCGGAGAGGAUCAGGAUGGCGGUGGGAAGGGAAAAGUUGGACGACGUGAUGGGGAGGAGCGAAGAGGGAGGAGGAGAUGCUGGCCUCGGCGCCAUUCUUCACCCAACAAAUUCAAGGUCUUCCUUGAAACAUAUCUGCUCAUUCUUUUGUGGGAUACAGAGAAAAUGCCCAGAGAGACGGACCCUCUUUUGGAAGUAUGUGAAGUUGCUGCCUAACAAACACUGGAACUGCAGCUUCUGCGGGAAGCCGUAUGCUGGAAGCGCAACCAGGAUCAAGGCCCACUUAGCUGGAGUUGGAGGAUAUGGGAUCAAUGACUGCAGGAACGUUGAUGGCCGAGUGAGAUCGGAAGCCCGAAAGGCGAUGAAGGCUAAAACAGUGGUGGAAUCGAGCAGCAGACCAGAUAACGAUGAAGUGGGUCUGCAUCAGCCUGUGAUUGCAAGCAAUGAAGAUGGUUGGAGAGAGACUUCAUUUGUUGCCAUGCCAUACCUGAGCUCUAAUGCCAUAAGCAAUGGUUGGCCUGUGAUUGCAAGCAAUGAAGAUGGUCAGCCUGUGAUUGCAAGCAAUCAAGAUGGUCGGAGAGAGACUUCAUUUGUUGCCAUGCCAUACCUGAGCUCUAAUGCCAUAAGCACUGUAGGUGCAAGUUCAUCAGACUUUCAUCCAUUGCAUGAGAUGAAUGUGCCCAGUCAGUAUCUUCCUACUCAAAACAUGACCACACAUGGGGACAUUUUAUUCUGGACACAACCUCCUCAAUCUCAUGGCAUUAAUUCUAACAUUCAGCCAUGGAAUUUGAGUCAUCCCAGCAGCGGCGGAGACCUUGCACCUGAAGCUUUGACUCACAUGCCACCCCAAGUAAAUGUAGAAGGGGGAGAACCCAAUGCAGAGGUUCCACAAGAUGCGAGGACAGAUGAUGCACUCGUGGAUGGUCAACCAGGUGCUUGUGGGCUGGUUGACAAGAAUAUGCCAACUCUGAAAAGAAAGCUGGAAGAACUAAGCAAUCGAGAAGCAGACAUGGAUGGGUUGGAGACAUGGUGUAGGAAAGCACAAAGGAUAAGAGGAGAAUACUGGAGCAUGGUCCAAGCAUUCCGAGAAGGUAGAUCUCUUUCUCCACAGCAGGUAGAAAGAGUAAAUGAUUUGAGCAAAGAAGUUUAAGAUAUUCUAGGCCACUGUAGCUUCCGAAAAGGGUGGACAACACAUGCUGCUGGACGUAGGAAUAGUUCACCCUUGGUAACAACAGGGCUAGUAGACAAGGAAAGUAAGAAGACAAUAAAUAAGAUUUGCAACUAUCUAAUGGAGGAUGAGAUUGUCAUCAUUGGUAUUUAUGGAAUGGCGGGAGUUGGCAAGACAACCAUUCUAAUGCAUGUCCAUAAUAGAGUACUUGAGGAUCCUAACUUUAAUGAUGUGUUCUGGGUCACUGUACCUCGGAAGUUUAGCAUCUAUAAACUACAAAACGAGAUUGCCAAUGUAGUCGGACUAGACAAUCUCUCAAUGGAUAAGGAUGUGAAGAGGAGGGCAUGCAUAUUGAAUAGGCAUUUGAAGAGAAAGAGAGCUGUCUUAUGUUUAGAUGGUCUGUCGAUGCACUUUGACAUUGAGGAUGUGGGAAUUCCAGUUGAGAAAGGAAGCAUUAAGUUGGUAAUGACAACUCGAUUGCUAGAUGUAUAUGAGAAGAUGGUCUGCCAAAAACAAGUCAAAAUAGGUCCUCUAGAUUUGCGAGAUGAUUGUUGGGUCUUAUUUUUAAAAAAGCUUUGCUUUGGGAGAGACCUCCCUUCAGAAGUUAAAAAAAUUGCAAGCUCCAUUUUGGAUAAGUGUGGAGGUUUGCCACUUGGGAUCAUUGAGAUUGCAACUCAGAUGAGGGGACCAAAGGGAGUGCAUGAAUGGAAAGACUUGUUGCAGCAAUUAGAAAAUUCGAUGAUGGAACUUGGUGUGUUCAAGAAACUGAAACUCAGUUACAUGAACUUGGGUAAUCUUCAAGUGCAGCAGUCUUUCUUGCAUUUAAUACUCUGUUUUGGAGAGUACUCUAAAGCUGAAAUCAUCGAAAAGGUUUUGAUAGAAUCUUUCAUGGAUGAGGGCUUGUUAAGUGGAAUAGCCACUCGGCAAGAAUUGCACAAUAAAGGUAACACCAUAUUGGACAAAAUAAAAAAGGCUUGCCUGGGGGUUGAUAAAGACACAGAAUAUCUGUUAGUACACCCCUUGAUAAGGGACAUGGCAUUGCAAAUAGUGACGAGCACAACUCACAUGGUCAAGGCCAACAUGGGAUUGAAAGAGAUUCCAAAGGAUAAGUUCUGGACCGAUCACCUAGAGAAAGUCUUUUUACAAAGCAACGAUAUAAAAGAAAUCCCAUACGGCAUAUCGCCAAAUUGCCCUAAACUUAUGAGGCUGUCGUUGGAUAACAAUGUCUCUUUGGAAGCCAUCCACAAAUCUUUCUUCAAGCAUAUGAAGGGGUUGAAGGUUCUAGAUCUCAGCAAAACAAAAAUCACGGAAUUACCGGACACUAUAUCUCACUUGGAGAGCUUAGAAGCACUGUUACUCCGAGAGUGUAAGGAAUUACAUUGUGUACCUUGUGUACGAAAGUUCAAAGCUCUAAAAAAGUUGGACCUUAGUGGGUGUGUUAUGCUUGGAGAAGUGCCGGAGGGAAUGGAGAUGCUGGUAAAGCUAACGUACCUUGACCUGCUUGGCACAUAGAUCAAGGGGUUACCAGAAGGAGUGUUGGGGAAGCUGGUGAACUUGCAAUAUCUGGUGAUUAAUUACGAUAUGGCAUGGGAGGAAGUGAUAGAAUUAACAUUGGUGGAACGAUUCUAUUGCUCAGUGGAAGGAUUCUAUUGCUCUGUUCCAAAUGUUGAAACAUUCAAUGCAUGUGUGAGGCUUGUCGAGCAAAACAGCUCCCAAUCAUAUGACCUGGCACUGAGUUUAUCAGGAAACUACUUCUUUAGGGAUAAUAAGCACGAGAGGCGUAUAAUCAUCGAAAGUUGCCAUAGUAUUGCGGCAAUGGUAAAUGGAGAAAUUGGUGGGGAUGGCCGCGCUCUAUUUCCCAAAAAUGUGCAAGUACUGGAAGUGGGACAAUGCGAUGAGGUGACAAGUUUGUGCGAGGUAGGCCCACUUAAUAAUCUAGAGGAGCUGAAGAUAAAGGAAUGGGAGAAGCUGGAGGAGCUGGGUGCUGUCCACUUCCCUCGCCUACCGAGACUGAAUAUCACUCGGUGUACCAAACUGAAGCAUUUCUUGAAGGAGGGGCACGAGCUCCGAUGUCUACAAUGGUUAAAAAUCGAGGGCUCAGAGGAACUAGAGGGGAUUAAUAUAGCGGCACCUUUUCUUUAUAAUAUAAAAGUGUACAGGUGUCCUAAAAUGAAGUGGGUGGUGAAAUGGCAGUGGCUAGCCACUCACCUUCCAAAUCUAAGGUCCAUUAAAAUAAAAGAUUGCGAGCAACUAGAGGAGAUAGUAGGUGGGCUACCGCCGAUCGGUGCACCUUGUUGUCUUACAAAGAUUGAUAUAGAAGGAUGCAGCAACUUGAGGCAUGACGUGUUGCUCAACCUUCCUUUCCUCCAACAUGUAGUGGUCCCAGGCUGCAUUAGCGUAGAGCCGAUAAUGAGCUUCGUUCAGCCCCUACAUUUAAUAAACCUGACUUUCAAGGAUUCUUCCAGAGCUGAAGACCAUAUGUGAAGGGACCGUGAGUUGGCUUUCAAUCCAAUAUAUGAAGAUAGAAGACUGUCCGAAGCUGAAGAGGCUUCCUCUGCUUGACAAGGGUCCUUGCGAUGAUUAUGGUAUUUGGAUAGAUGAUGAUAUUUGGAUAGAUGAGCUGACGUGGCAGUCGCUGGAGUGGGACCAUUCCCCUUUCCAUCCUUCACUUCGACACUUAGCCUGGGAUUAUGGCGUUUCCAAUUGGCAUGAGCAGAGGAUAUGUGUACGUAUUGAAAGUCGCGAUGCUAUUACGCCAAAGGGUAGAUGGACUUAUCGGUGGGGAAGGCCGCAAUUUGCUUCCGAGAAAUGUGCAAGUACUGGAAGUAGGAGGGGGCAGUGGGGUGACAAGUUUGAGUGAGGUAGGCCCACUGGAGAAUCUAAAGGAGCUGACUAUAAAAGAUUCUAGAUUGCGAGAAGUUGGAGGAGCUGGGUGCUGUCCACUUCCCUCAGCUGGAGGGACUGGACAUCAAUUGCUGUUCCAAAUUGAAGCGUCUCUCAGUGGAGGGACAGGGGCUUCCACAUCUACGCUGGUUUACAAUCACAGGCUCAGAGGAACUGGAAGGGAUCGAUUUAGCUGCGCCCAAUCUAAACUCUGCGGAAGUGCAAUGUUGUCAUAAAAUGAAAAGAGUGGUGGAAUGGGACUGGCUGACCACUCGCCUUCCAAAUCUGAAGUCCAUUGGAAUAAUUUAUUGUGAGAAAUUAGAGGAAAUAAUAGGUGGGCCAUUGCCAAUCGGUGCCACUUGUCUUCUUAUGGAGAUUAAAAUUGUAAGAUGCAACACCAUGAAGGGGGUGCUGCUAACGCACGAUAUGUUGCUCCACAUCCCUUUCCUCCGAGAUAUAAUAAUCAUAAACUGCGAGGGCAUAGAGGUGAUAAUAGGCAUUGCUCCGAACAUGACGCAAUCCUCCUUCCCAAAGUUAACACACUUGACUCUAAAGAAUCUUUGGGAACUGAAGAGGAUAUGUGAUCGGAUGGAGAGUUGCGAUCACAUCCAAUAUAUUGAAAUAUACGAUUGUCCGGAGCUGAAGAGUAUUCCUUUGCGACUGCACCUACUUGACAAUGGCCUCCUUUCUCCUCCCCCCUCCCUUGGAAAGAUUUUCAUAGAUAACAAGGCGACGUGGCAAGCGCUGGAGUGGGACCAUCCCCUUGCCCCUAUCUCCCUCGAACCCUUCAUCGAGUUUAUUUAUUGUGAGUUACCCAAAAUUUUCACGUUUCUUUUAUUCUCUCCAUUUAACCAUCGAUCUCCCAUGGUUUCUUUUAUUCUCUCCAUUUAACCAUCGAUCUCCCAUGGUACGGAAAAAUCACUUUUCUUCUUUUCCGAACUUUAUACUAACUAUUAGGCCUAGUGCAUAUAACUUUUAUUAUAGCUUGAAAGUAUAUCAAAAUGGUUAUAUUAUCAUUGAAAAUUAGUUGCUGUGGCAUUGUUCAAAGAAUAAUAAUGGCAAUUUCACUUAAAAGUGCCAAAAUAUCGGGUCUAAUUCUUAAGUUCUACUUUAUUAGUUUUCACGUUUCUUUUUUUUUUUACCUUUUCAUUAUGUUACCUUUUCUAUUUUAGCUCGCCCAGUACUCCUAUUUUCAAUUGCAAACUCCUUUUCGGUUUCUAAACUAAUUGUUGUACUGUAAUAAAAAAUGAAAUCAAUGUAAAUUAGUUUUUUUCUCAUUUUUAGGUGUCAUUAAGGGAAUGGGCCAGAGAUCGUGUUUUUAUAAGCUCUAUCAAAAUGCAUUGCCAUACAUAUGUUGAUAGAUUUUUCAUUAAUAGUCAUGUGGCAUGAUAUUUUACAUAGGACGAUGAUGAUAUUAGCAAAUGACUAACAAAAUGUAAUCAUUCUAAACCCAGACUGCUGGGGCGAGCGUAUCUAUAACAUUCCGGGCCCCACUGUGUAAUAUUGUCCGCUUUGGGUCACCCGUCCUAGCGCGGACGAACCGCCAUCCCAGCCAUGGUCUUUUCCCUCACGGCUUUAAAACGCGUUACAAAUAUUAGAGGAACCCAAGCCUUAUAAGCUAACCAAAACCUCCCUCCCUAGGCAAUGUUAGACAAGAGAAGAGAGGGACCCUUCCUUGUGCACGUCCUAGGACGAUCGCUCGGGCCGUCACAGUAUCCGUAUAUGAUCAGCUGAGGAUGAAUUGUAGCAGUGGACAACAAAGUUAUCAGCAUUUCUACGUCGUCUUGCUCGGUUGAUUUUUGAAGUACCUUCGGUUUCUGUGAUGACAUAUGCUUAAUUUAUUUUUGUCUUCUUAUCCUAUUUGUGAUAAGCAUCUCUCUCUGUAUUUCUCGAUUUGUCUUCCUUACUUGUCACUUCCCUCUAUUUUCGUUGCUUGAAUAGAUACUCUCUCAAGUCUCAACCCGAUAUGCCAUAGUAGGUUUGAUUUUA